AUGAAGGGGACACUUCUUCUGCUGGCCUUUCUGGUGAUUGGAGAGCUGGGCUUCCAGACAACGGAAGCAUGCGUUCCUUUCUUCAAAACCUAUGCUGCAGUACUCGCUCCAAGUAGGGCGUUAUUGCAUACCCAAAUUUCGAAGUUUAAUGCUAUUGCCGAGGAAAGGGUGGCCUAUGAAAAAAUCCAGGACUGCUUCGGGAAGGGAAGAAUUACAAACACGUUACUGAAUCCCAAAAUUUUGGAAUCCAUGCUCGCCAGUAAGGAAUGUGUGCGAUACUAUGCUGACGAUACCCUUUCAAAAGUAAAGGACGUGUUAGGCACGUUAUCACAGCUUUAGAAGUUAAUGGGUUUCAGGCAACCC